CAUGGAGAGCAUCAAUCCAACAGAUACGGCCAUGACAAUACAGCCUACGAUUUUUCCACGUGUGGGCUACAGCAUACUUUCUUACCUCAUGUUUAUAAACACAUUACUUUCUGUGUUUAAUAACUUGUUGGUGAUCGCCGUAAUGCUUAAAAAUAAGCAUUUUCUCAAUGCAAUGAACAUCAUCAUUCUCAGCCUUGCUGUGUCAGAUCUAAUGAUUGCCACAUGCGGUUCUGCGAUUGUCACCAUCACAAAUUAUGAAGGAUCUUUCUUUUUAGGGCAUGCAUUCUGUGUUUUUCAGGGUUUCGCAGUGAACUACUUUGGUCUGGUUUCUCUGUGGACUCUUACACUAUUGGCAUAUGAGCGAUACAAUGUUGUCUGCAAACCCAUGGCAGGCUACAAGCUGAACAUUCGCAGAAGCUGCUUGGGUCUGGUAUCCGUCUGGCUCUAUUGCCUCUUCUGGGCCGUCCCACCUCUGCUGGGCUGGAGCUCGUAUGGGCCAGAGGGUGUCCAGACGUCCUGCUCUCUAGGCUGGGAGGAGAGGUCCUGGAGCAACUACAGUUACCUCAUCUUCUACACCAUUUCCUGCUUCAUCCUACCCACUGCUAUCACUGUAUUCUGUUACAAUAAUGUCCUUAUCUCCAUGAAGAAGAUCAACAAAAGCAUUGAGCUUCAGGGAGGUAAAAACAGCCUGGAGGAAAAUGAUCAUGCGGCCCAGAUGGUCUUGGCCAUGAUAAUAGCCUUCUUUAUCUGUUGGCUGCCUUACACGGCCAUCUCAGUUGUGGUAGUUGUGGCUCCAGAGAUUUACAUCCCACCUCUGGUGGCCACCAUGCCUAUGUACUUUGCCAAGACCAGCCCCAUCUACAAUCCUAUCAUCUACUUCCUGACUAACAAACGGUUCCGAGAAGCCUCUCUGGAAAUCCUGUCUUGUGGUCGAUACAUCCCCCGAGACAAUGACACAGGCAGUCUAAAGAUGUGCUCAUCCCAGAAGAGCAGCAGGGUCAUUCCAGUCUGAUCUGAGGUGGAGGUUUUUCAAGAGGUGGAAAUGUUAACUGUGUCUUUGGUCUGCAUGACAUCUCUCACUAACCCGAUCAUCUACGCAGCAGUCAACCCUCAGUUUCGCACAGAAUUUCACAAUCUGAAGACUAAAUGGAAAGCGUUUUUUAUAGGUUCAUAGACUUGCUACAGUGGUUCUGACAUUUUCUUGUAUGCUUUCAGUAAAAAAGGUCACUAUGGUGGUACACUCAAGAAGAUCUUUUUUGGACCUGUAAUUAAAAUGUUGUUGAUUUGGGCACACAAUUGUAGCUUAAGGACCUAUUGUGUACCUUCCAAGGUACAUUUAUGUGUUUAGUUCCUCUGGGAAAAACAAAAUAAACAUACCUUUUUGUCUCCUUAAAGAAAAAGUUCACCCAAAAAUGAAAAUUCUCUCAUCAUUUACUCACUCUCAUGCAUCCCAGAUGUGUGUGACAUUCUUUCUUCUGCAGAACACAAACAAACAUUUUUAGAAGAAUAUUUCAGCUCUGUAGGUCCAUAAAAUGCAAGUGAGUGGUGGGCAGAAUUUUGAAGCUCCAAAAAGCAUAUAAAGGCCCCUUAAAUCCAUGUCUUCAGAAGCAAUAUUAUAGGUGUGGGUGAGAAACAGAUCAAUAUUUAAGUCCUUUUUUACUAUCAAGCUCCACUUUCACAUUCUUCUUUUGUUUUUGGCAAAUUGCAUUCUUCAUGCAUAUCGCUACCUACUGGUCAGGGUGGAGAAUUUAUAGUAAAAAAAGAAAAAGUACUUUCUUAUCCAGACCUGUCAUAUUGCUUCUGAAGAUAUACAGUAUAUUUAACUACUGGAGUCGUAUGGAUUAUGACUGCCUUUAUAUAACUGAUUUUAUGCUGCCUUUAUAUGCUUUUUGGAGCUUCAAAGUUCUGUCCAACAUUCACUUGCAUUGUAUGGACCUACAGAGCUGAGAUAUUUUUCUAAUAUCUUUGUUUGUGUUCUGCAGAAGAAAGAAAGUGAUGCAAAUCAGGGAUGGCAUGAGGGUGAGUAAAUGAUUUUUUUGGGUGAACUAUCCCUUAAGGAUUCAAAUAUAUACCCAAAACAAUGGUACCACCCUAGUGAUGGCUUUGUACCUUAAACUGUACCUCUUUUUUUGAAAGUGUAGGAUAAACUUGUGGAAUUGUCAGAGCUUUAGUCCCACUAUGCCAAACACUAUUUGUAUUCGAUGUUGUCGGAUUGUUCAUUUGUGUUGUCUUAUGCUAUUGCCUGAAUUGGAUGAUGCUGUCUUAAAAGCACUAUUCUAUAACACUAUUUAUAGAAUGAAAUAGUGACAGUGCAUAUUUUGGCACCCUGGAAAUCCGAUAUAUUCUACACAGUGAGUUAUAAAGGUAACUUUGCUACCUUUCAGAGGUAGUUGGACAAAUCUAAUGAUACCAUAAACAUUACAACUAACCUGUAAAACAUUUUAUAAACAAUGAUCAGCUUUAACCUUUGGAAGAAAUAAUAAAAGGUAAAAGU